CGCCGCAGCGCGCGCGCAAUCGCCAUGGACGACAGGUUGGGUCAGUACAAGCCGGCAUUGGCGGCAUACUUCGAGAUCCAUCCCGGCCCCGAGGUCGAUAUUCAGACCCUGCUGAGUCGGUGUCCUCAAUUCGCGACCCUCCUCAUCCAGAAUCCGACCAUGUGCCUUCCUGUACUCGAGUCGGCGUUUGUCCAACAGGUGUCGACGUCGAUGCCGCCGCAGCUACAACUGACCAACGUGCCACCGUGUCUGAAGAAGCGCGUGAGUGCAUUGCGCAGCAAAGAAGCUGUUGGACUCAUGGGGGUGGAGGGCACAGUCGUACGGAUUGGAUUGACGCGAAUGCUGGAGAAAGUCCGACAGUUUGAAUGCGCGAAGUGCAACACGACGUGGGAAGUCACGUCAAAACCCGAAGAACACAAUCGCAUGAUGGUCCCGCGCGCUUGCAUCUCUCGAGGAGCAUGCAAGUCGACAAAUAUCCGCGAGAUCAAGGGAAGCAAAGUGUGCGUCGACUACCAAGUACGUCGCGCAUUUCUCCAUUAAGAAUGGAAACAUCAGAAGCACGAUUCUUGAAAACCUUGUGCCACCUCCGACAGACGAUCAAGCUGCAAGAGCAAGUGUCCAAGCUUGGCGUCGGGUCCAUUCCGCGCUCCAUCAUGGUCAUCUUGGAAGGCGCAUUGGUGGACAGUGUCAAAGCAGGCGAUGACGUCGUCGUCGUGGGGACAUUGAUCAAGUGCUGGAAACCGUGCAUCAAGGACGUCCGCUGCGACUUGGAAACCGUGAUACAAGCGAGUAGCAUUCGACUCAAGAACGUGAACGGAACGGCCAGGGCGCUUGUGACGGACGACGUGCGCCGCGAGUUUGAGCAGUUCUGGCACGAUUACCGCGAGCAUCCGUUGGAAGGGCGAAAUGUGAUCUUGGGCAGCAUUUGUCCCCAAGUGUACGGGCUCUUCAUCGUGAAAUUGGCCGUCGCGUUGACCGUCGUCGGAGGCUGCUCGUACGUGGAUGGGACUGGCAUGAAGACCCGCGGCGAUUCCCACAUGCUGCUCAUUGGCGACCCCGGAACAGGCAAGUCCCAGUUCUUGCGGUUCACUGCCGAACUGAGUCCGCGGUCUGUCUUGACCACAGGGAUCGGCACAACCAGCGCGGGCUUAACGUGCACGGCUGUCAAAGAUGGCGGCGAAUGGAUGCUUGAAGCCGGCGCGCUCGUCCUGGCCGACAGAGGCGUGUGCUGCAUCGAUGAAUUCAGCAGCAUCACAGCGCACGACCGCGCGUCGAUCCACGAAGCGAUGGAGCAGCAAACGUUGAGUGUCGCCAAGGCAGGGCUUGUGUGCCAACUCAACACGCGCACGACUGUCUUUGCAGUCACCAACCCGAAAGGCCGAUAUGACCCGAACGCAGACGUGUCGGUCAACACGGCGAUUGCGAGCCCGCUGCUGAGUCGCUUCGACAUCAUUCUGGUGCUUUUGGAUACAGUGCAAAAAGAGUGGGACGAACGGGUGUCCUCGUUUAUCUUGGACCAGGCGGCGGCGUCGGCCGAGUCUUUCCGCAGCAGCCCUCGUGGCGACGGCGCACCACGUGGGCCACAACGCCCCGAUCGAACACGGUGGUCCAUUGCAAAGCUGCAAGCGUACUUUUGCUACGUUAAAGAGACGUUCCAACCUCGCUUGUCCCGCAGCGCCAUGACUGUGUUGCAGCGCUACUACCAACUGCAACGAUCCUCGGACAUGCGGAAUGCCGCGCGAACAACAAUUCGGCUCCUGGAGAGCCUCACGCGGAUAUCCCAGGCGCAUGCCAAGCUCAUGUGCCGGUCGGAAGUGUCGGUGCAGGACGCCGUCGUUGCUGUAUACAUCACGGAAACGUCGAAGUCGGCAGACUCGAUGCUCGGAUACGAGUCGGUGCUCCACAAGAGUUUCAGUCCCGACCCUACGACCGAGUACUACCAGCACGAAGAGGUCAUUCUAUCCCAGUUGUCGCUGACCGAGCUCUCGACGAAACCUCCUCCGCACGACCGACCCACCACGACGGGCGACUGCCAACGCCCGAGCGUUGACGAGAGUCGGAAGGAUCGACCUGCGCGAGUCGACGUUCCGAAUCGAUGGAGCCAAGCUGUGGACGCCCAUCGUAGCCAGCGACCAACUCAACACGACGAGAACCCACCCACGGCGCAGUCGCGGUUCACCUCCAAGUGGAAGAAGUAUCGGAGAGAUGCCUCGAGCAUGUUUUAACUUGAUUCAGUCGUAUAUAUACUUGGGACCUCGCAACGGAUAUCCAUGGCGACAGGAAUGCACGCAACAGCACGAAACGGGACAAGCAAUCGGUGCCGCCACUAGCAUGGGAAACGUAUCGAUGUAUAGACGCAUACUACAUGACAAGGGCAUGACGGUCGACUGAAUCCUCGUCAAUGUCUGUUCAUUUUGGCGCAUGCCGAUGAUGCCCAAACGUCAUCGACGUGAGAACCGGCAGAC